CAACCACUCUCCGCCACUACUGCAGCAACAACACUUUCAGCAGCAGCAGCAGCAGCAGCAACAACAAACAACGCUCUCACGUCGUUGCUCCCUUUCAGUCGCCAGUCGUUGACCACGCACGCAAACCACGUCAGUCAACGUUCUGCGACCCGACGACGACGACGACGACGACGAUUUCUUUUCCAUUUUCGCUGCUUUUUUGCUCCGCGCGUCUUAUUCAAGUUCUUCAAGGGACCCCAUCAGAGAUGCCCUCUUGAGUUCUUGUUGACACCUUCGAUUCUUUUCCCGAGCUAGCCUCCCAGUCAUUCGUUUUCUCAAAACCUCAACACCACUCACCAAUCACUACUCACCAGACCACUCACCACUCACCACCCGAUCCAUUUCGACGACUCGCUUCUUUGAGACUAUCGCGGCCCGACGACAAUCACAUCAUUCCUCGAAACCCUUGCCCGAAGCAACUCAUCCUCCCCUCAGUUUCACAUCAGUCACCACUCACGUCGACGCCGCGACCGUAAAGCAACGAAUCAGCUGUCUUGCCCGCAACAGAUACAAUCCUCACGCCCGGACUCUCAUCUCAAUUACCGACGGGUCUCGUUAUCCAUUCGAUCAGCAGAUCUACGGGGAGUCAUUUGUCCAUGUCCGAUUAACUUGUCGACACACGCGCCGAUCCGAGAAACCAACCACUUCCACGUUGAAGCACUCAGCCACGUCUCUGUAACUCGAGGCCAAGCGUCAUAGAUUGGUCAAAAUGGCGGUCGUUGCGAUGUCACCGAACGUGGUGAGCAACCUCUUCAGGCGUGAUGGGACUUGUGUUCUGUGCGACGACAGAGUACCACUUUCUUGCCCGGCCUGUCCGGAGGGUACUGCGUGCACGACCAUUCUCGCGAGUUGCAAGGAGUGUGCACACAUGAUUUGUGCUCCUAUUGAAGAGAAUACGGAUUCAAAUUCCUAUCAGCCUUCAGAUGGGGACUCGUCAGGCAGUUCCACAAAUGUCGGUGCCAUUGCAGGGGGUGUUGUCGGCGGUGUAGCUGUAAUUGCGAUUCUCACAUAUUUGGUAUGGAGAUAUUGCAUCAAGUCGAGGAGACAAGUUGUUGCACCAGAGAGGUGGGAUGGAGUGCAGGCUCAAGACGACGGCCUCGAGAAGUCUUUCGCCCAAGCGCGUGAUAACCGGGCAUCCACACAUACCGUCGGCUCGGUAGCAGACACCGUUUUCACGCGAGCAUCCAACAUCAUCCAAAUAGCAUAUAUCCCUGGAGUUACGAACCGAACCCCGACAUCCCCGGCAGUCCUUGUCCCCCCCGUACCUCCGAUUCCUCUCGGCCACGGUGGCAGUCCCUCUGCUACAGGAGACCAGCAUUUCUUUGUUCCCGGCGAUCUGCGCGACUCUACAUAUUCCGGCAUAUCAUCUUUCACAGACCGCACCUCCUACGCCCGGACGUCAUAUGCGCCGCGGUCUAGCGUAGCAUCUACCAUCUAUGGCAAAAGUGUUGUUAUCACACCUGCCCAAACCGGCAUGCGGGCGAAGCCAGCUAUGGUCAGUGUUAAGUCGGCUCAUUCAAAUCUUUCGGGCGGCACCGCAACGCCGCCUGUGCCGAGCGUGAAUUACGAGAAGUACACCGGGUUUCGCCCUCCGAGUCCUACAAAUAGCAGGAAUAGCACGUUCAGCGUGGGAUCCACCUUCCUGAACACUGCUACGCCUGCUCGCGCCAUGGUCGUUCGAGUAGGGAGUGUCAAGAAGGUGAACACUACCAAACCCAAGACGUCGGAUUCAUCGGCAACUUCGCCCACCUCUGCACGAGACUCUAAUGUUGGCACCAUCAUUAUCGAUUCGCCUGCCGUGGAUCAAGGGCCUUUCUCGGAUCCCCCGUCCCCUCCAGCAGAUCGAUCGGCAACCCACGGCGCAGCAACUCUGAGUGCAGUACUUCAACAGUCAACCAGGAGAGCCUCAAGCCGGACCAAUGAUUCCCCUGGCUCUAGAGAACGGGAACGGAGCCCAUUUGGUGACGAACACGCGACUCAAGAUUAAGUGACGACUAAAUAUACGCGGAAUCUCGUUUUCUUAUUUCUCAUUUGUUCUUUGCUUUUGCUAACGAUAUCCCCUGGUCGCUUUGGGAGGGCGCUUCCUCAAAUUUCUUGGUAUCUGAAGUUCAGAUUUCUUGUCAUUUAACUUUUUUCUCUUGGUUUGGAUAUUUGGGGGCGGUGUUACUGAAACUGGGCAACACGCAACUUUCACGUCGUGCUGCAGGGCCUGGAGAACUGAAGAUUGGCGAUUCGAUUCUCUUUUUCGGACCUUAUGAUUGGUUCAUUUUCUUUCUUGGAGCUCACGGCUUUAGAGGGAAGCAGGGAGGUCACACUGACACGCUUUCUAUGACAUGGGGGAAAUCAAAAUACUGCCUGGGUAUUGGGCUCGUGGAUGAUCUAUGUAUACCCUGGAGAGGGAUGGGGAUUCUCUGGCUCGGUCAUCAGUGGCUGUACUGAGCGAGUAAGCUCGGUAUUUCUGGCUUGGACGUAUUGAGUGCUCGAUGAAGCUUCAACAAUACGUUCAAGGUGCGGCAACAGUGAAUCAAGAACGAGUUACCACGCACGUACCAUCUCAUUAUCUGGCAUUGUCCCGCUGUGCUGUUGUCUAUUUUGACGAUUGCCGUUGGUUCCAGUCGCUUUUGCUUAUUUCAUGGUGGUGUUGUCGUCACGAUCUGCUCGAGCAGGCUGUAAAAACCCAUGCCCUAAAGGGUCAAACAUUUUAUCCUGGGACCUUGAGUGGUUGUCUAAGUCGAUUUGGGUUGUUUUCAAGAUCACAUAUAUAUACGCGAAACAAGUUGUGUCAAAAACGAUGAUGCAAGUCGACAAAAUCAACACUGCCGUAGGCCGGACCUAACUCCAGGAAAUCCUGUUUAAAAUCUGACGGGGAAGUGUUUCCAAGCUUCGACAAAGAUUCUGUAUAUCGUGUGGCGAACAUACUUCAUCUACGUUUUGUAGUGAUACUAUUUCAAGUCUCCAGAAUUUGCAAUCGGUUUGUUUCUAGGCAUUCUUGCCGCUUGAGGACUUGCUUCAUUG